AUGCCGUUGACAAGAAGGUUGCACUACUCUGCGACACCACCUGCAAGGAAAAAGCCGCACCCGGCUACGCCUGCGGUGCGGCGGCGCCCACGGGCGGGCUGGUUGGCUUUUUUGCCCAGCGGAGGCAACAACAAUAACUGGGUGAAUGAGCGCCGCGGGGCGAGCGCCUCGUGCAGAGCAGACUGGCGCUGGCGCGGGGUUCAAAGGAACUGCCGCAGGGUGCGUGUGUGUUUGUGUGUGCGGCAUUUGGGGGGCGGAUUGCAGAGCCGGCGCUUCCACAUUGCGAACGGCAACUUCGCGCUUGUGGCGGCCCUUCUUUUACCGCAGGCGAAACGUGUCUAUACUUCUUUUGUCCUCUAA